CAUCUGUCAACCCUUUGUUUGACAAUUUGACAAUUGAAAUUGAAACUACGCCACUCAAAGAACAGUCCAUGGUUUAGUAGAGAACAAUUGAACGCGUAUAGUUCAGUUGCCCAUUGUCCUUUCUUUCAAUUUCAUCACUCACAACCAUAGCCACACAAAAAAAUGACACAAGCUCAGCAACUUCUCGAACAAGCGGACGCGUCUCUCAAGGCUGGACGUUAUCAGGAGCUUAUCCCUCUUUAUGAACAGCUUGAAUUUCUAAUUUCGGCCAUCGAAAUCGAUGCCGUUCCUCUGAAUACUGUUUAUGAACCACUUCUUGCAUCGUACCUUGUGACCCAUGAUCUGUACUCAGCACGGAGUCUUGUUCAUCGCAUUCCAGAAGAAUAUAGGGCACAAGCACCACAACUAGCAACAUUGAUCCAGGUUUUGGAGAAGAUGCGACAAUGGGAGCGACAGAAUGGCAACUUGAAGGACAUUUAUGCCCUUUUACAUCAGUCGCGCUGGAAUUCAUCACUCGCACCUCUGAUUGCCUUGUUGCAAGAUUCAAUUCAGGACAGGGAGUUAGAUCUUUUGGCCAAGGCAUACACCUCACUACCCGUACAGUUGGCUGCAUCUCGCAUUUCACUCGACGAAAAUACUGCGGCAGAACAGCUUGUUGCUACGCGCGGAUGGAGAUAUGACGCAUCAACGGGUCUACUGUAUCCCAAGGCUCCAGGACCUACGCCCAACCGAUCUGUGGGUUUGCAGGAAUUUGGUCAGCUGGCUGAUAUCGUGGCCCAUUUGGAAGUCAAGCAGGAAUCAUCAUGAACAUUGUAGAUAGCUUAGUUAAUAUAUCAUAUCAUGGAGGUCUCUUUCAAUGGCAGAAAUAAAUCUUGCUACCUGUAGCUUGCACCCCC